AUGACGGCCUGGAGGGCUAGAGAAAAGGAAAUGAAUGAAUUAAGAGGGGAACCAAUAGAAUCAUACAAGAAGUUACCUGGAUAUGUGUACAUAUUGGAUAAAACAUACCCUGGAUCACAUGUGAGAAUGCACAAAUCACAACAAAAUGAGUUCUUGUAUUUGUUUAUAGCACUUAAAGCAUUCAUAAAAGGCUUCGAGUGUUGUAGACCAAUAGUUGUAGUAGAUGGUUCCCACCUUAAAACUACAUAUAACGGUACUUUUGUAUCAGCCAGCACGUUGGAUGGUGCAGGUAAUAUUCUACCAUUGGCAUAUGGUGUGAUAGAUUCAGAGAACGAUAAGUCUUGGACCUGGUUCUUUGAGCAGUUCAAACAAGCUUAUGGGAAUAGGGAUAACAUGUGUGUUGUAUCAGACAGACAUGAGAGCAUCAUUAAGGCGGUGUCUAGAGUAUAUCCAAAUGUGCCACAUUUGGCGUGCAUAUGGCAUUUAUGGAAAAAUGUGACUACGAAAUACAAGUCGAAUGGUGAAGUAUUGAGUCCUGUAUUCUAUGCACUUGCAAAAGCAUACACACAGGCUGAGUUUGAUAAGCUGAUGGAGAAGAUUGAGAAGGUUGAUUUUCGGGUAAAAGAGUACUUGGAGGAUGCUGGAAGGGAAAAGUGGGCUCGACUGUAUUCACCUGUUAACAGAGGAUGGACAAUGACCUCAAAUAUAGCCGAAUGUAUUAAUGAAAAAUUGGUAGCAGCAAGAGAGUUGUCUGUUUUCGAUUUUCUUGAAGAAGUGAGGAAGAUGUUUGGGAGAUGGAAUAGCACUAAUAGGAGGAACGGUACAUACACAUUCACAACACUUGGAAAAGCAUUCCAGCAAUUAUUAUCAAUAAACGAAUGUAAAUCUCUACGUAUGACGGUUGAACCAUCAAUUGAAUAUGUGUAUACCAUAAAUGAUGAGGCAAGGCGUUUCAUAAUUGAUCUUAAAAAGAAAACAUGCAGUUGUCGGAUGUUCCAAAUGGACGAGAUACCAUGUCCACAUGCAUGGGCUGUAUUGAAGAGUAAAAGUCUUAUGCCUGAUGAAUAUUGCUCAGACCUAUUCAAACCAAAGACAGUGAUUAAGACGUAUGAUGUGCCUGUGGAUCCUUUGCCCGACGAGAGUGAGUGGAAUAUUCCCAAACACAUAUGCGAUGAAGUUGUUUUGCCACCAAGAUACAAGAGACCCCCAGGAAGGCCAAAGAAGAAGCGAGAUAAACCAUUUAUGGAGACGAUGAUUGGUAAACGUAGGAAUGCUUGUAGUACUUGUGGACGUCUUGGUCACAAUAGACGUUCUUGUUCUAAUGAGCCACGUAAGAAGUAG